AUGACCGACGAGUUUAUCAGGAAAGGAUUGACCACCUCAGUGGCGCAGAUAUGUUCAAAUGUUGGUUGGCAUUCUAUGUCAAAUUCGACUUUGCAAAUGAUGACAGAUAUUCUGUACGAGUAUUUCAGAGAUCUAGCUCAGUCAGUCAAAAAAUUCUCCGAGAUUUCUGAUACCAUAGAGCCAGAUAUUGAUGAUGUGAAAAUGGCAUUUCGAGAUAAAGAUGUUUCAGUACCAGAUUUAGUAAGAUAUUUGAAACAAGUCGGGUCUAUAGAGUUUCCUCAUCAAGUGCCUAAGUUCCCCAUACCAACAAAAUCAAAUUUAAAUAUCAUGAAACCAGGAAGCAGAGAAAUCGUGACCAGACCAGUUUAUGUUCAUGAACAUCUUCCUACUAUGUACCCUGAACAAUCUGAUGAAAGGCCUACGCAAAAUGAUAGAAGUCAGACACCACACUCAAGUUCUUCAUUAGGAAUUUUUAAUGAGCCUCUAGGUUUUCAAGAAUCUCAGGUCUCCAAGUAUGAUAGACCAUUGAAAGAUAACCUGGUAGUUCACAGACGACUUAGGGAGAUAUCUAGUGUGGUUAUGACAACAUCUGGAUUCCUUUCACCUUCACGAGAAGGCAAAUUGCCAGAAUCUCGAUUAAUGCCAUUUCCUAAUUUCAAAGUCAAUUCAUCACAUGCAUCAUCUUCUUAUCCUACAGUCCCACCAGAAGUCAAAGGUGAACACGUACAACAGCGUAACAAGAAAUUGUCACACAAAACAUUGAACAAUUUUAAAGAAAAGGGAAAAAAUAUUGUUGAUGAAACAUCAAAACUUAAAGCAUUGAAAACUGGAGCCAUCCGGGAGUCUAAUCAAGGACCUAGACUUAAAAAAACUCCUAAGAUCAAAGAUAAAUCAAAAUUAAGUGUAUUAAAUACUAUAUUUGAUAAGCCUAUUCAAGCAUCAUCAACAUCACAUUCUAAGUACUCAAAAAGCCUACUGUGUGAUAGUGAAAAACUGACAACAGAGCCUGAUAAGCAGAAAUUAAAUAUAUUUAAAAAAAUAUCCAAAGUAAAAGAAGAUAAAAAUAACGAUAGUUCAGUACACCAGAGUUCUAAAUUAAAUAGCACAAUUAUAUCUAGGCCAAAUUCUACUAUUGUCAGCUCAGAUAUUUUGGUUAAGCCUGAAGUAAAGGUUGAAAUUAUUGAAGAGAAGCAAUUUAAGCCAGAUUUCUUUAAGCCAACUGUUGAAACAAAAAAAAUUGAUACUGUACAUAAACCGUCUAUGAAAGAAACCAAGCCAGAGUUGAACUCUAAUGUUUCUAAAAAACGAAAAAAAAAACAGAAAUUACCUAGUGAUGAUAAUUCUAAAACCUCAAACCUCAAAACCAAGAACACUGGAAAUAAAAAGUCAAAAAAUAAACAUGAUUCCGACCUGUUUUCAUCCCCUUUGAAAUUUUCAUUUUUUGGUCAUCUACCAACAGUACCUGGUCUCCUGCCAACUGUUCCAAGUAUUUUACCACCAUCUCUUGCUUCAAAUCCAUUGGUUCCAAAAUAUCCUGCUCCUAAUAGUGUUAUGCCUAUACUAGAAAAAACCAGUACAGCUGCUUCCAUGAUAUAUUUGCCUUUACCAGGAGAGGAUGAUUUUGAUAAAUCUGAGUUUGACGAACUUUCAUCUACACUUACUUCAGAAAAAAAAAAAGAAAAAGAACCAGAGCCUGUUAUAAAAGAAGAAGACCCAUUGGUUCCAAAAAUAAAGCUUAAGUUACCAGGUUCAAAUGGAUCAAAUUCAUCUCCAUCAGUACAGCGAAAAAUUGUAAUCAAGCCUAUAGUUAAAAAUAAAUCUCCCUCGGUAUGCACUGAUGAAUCACACAAUUUAUCUAAAGAAAAGUCACCAGUGGAACGAGUUAAAUCAUCUACUGCAAAAUCUAAAGCACACACCAAAGAAAAAUUAUCUUCAGCUACCUUACCACCUGUGCAAUUAGUACUAAAAGAAGAAGAAAUUGAAAGUGUUACUGAACCUAUACCUAAACCAUCUAAAUCAAAAAAACCAACUGUAGUUCCUCCUAGUACGGUUAUGGUUACUGAUAUCCCCGCCACAACUUCUGGAAAUGCUUCUGCAUCUUCUGCCGUUACAAAUGCUGUUGCAUCAAGUAAUAAACAUAAGGUUAAAACCACCAAGAAAUCUAAAAAAAUAACAACUCAACCACAUCCAGCUUUUUAUUUUGAUGAUGCUGGAAAUCAAGUUUGGAUAUGUCCAACUUGUGGAAAACAAGAUGACGGCAGUCCCAUGGUUGGUUGUGAUGGAUGUGACGCGUGGUAUCAUUGGGUUUGUGUGGGAAUUCAGUGUCCACCAGAUUGUGCUGUAUGGUAUUGCCCUACUUGUUUAUUAAAACGAGCCGAACGAGGGGUGACUGCACCAGUUGAAAAGGCUAAAAGAGGAAGACCACUAAAAAAGAAAUCAAUUUCGUAAGAGCUUAGAUUUAUAUUGGUAGAUUUUUUUAUCUAAUCAAAUUAAUUUUUUUGACUACAUUUUAGGUUUAAUUCAUUAUUUAUUAUCAGACAUAAAAUCUGUGGGUUUAUUGAUUUUGAACAAACAUACUUGGUUUAUCUUGAUGGUUAUAGCUUAUUUUAAAUGGUCUGCAGUUAAUUUUUUAGUACAAACAUAUAUAUUUCUUUCAUUUUAACUAAAAGUUAAAAAAAUUUGUUGUUUAUUUUAUUAUUAUUCUGAAUACCAUUAUUUCCAUAACUUGUUAUCAUUUCCAAUUAUAAAUUUUUUAUUCUUUAUAUAUAUAUAUAUGUGUGUGUGUGUAUAUACAAGUUGUUAAUUAAUUUACAUAUUAUAUUAUACACUGCUUAAUAUACUAACUAAAAUUUUUAAAUUCAGUUUUGUUUGGUUCAUUUGGUGAAUGUAGUUCAAAAUGUGUGACCUUAGAAUGUUUGAUAUAUUGUAUACAUGUAUUAUUGAAUCACAAAUUGAAUAUAAUUUUAAAAUAUUUAACUAUCUGCAGAUAUUAUUGACUAAUAUAAUAUGUGACAAUGAAUAACAAAUACCAAUGUUUAUGAGAUACAUUGAUUACAAGGUAUGCCAUUGUGUUUUCUCAGUUUCCUAUAAAUCUAACUUAAUGAUAUAGAUAACAUGGUUACCCACUUUGUAUACUGCCAAACAUAAUGUAUAUACUAUGUACAAUGUACAUUGUACUUAGUUAUCAUAUAUAUAUAUAUAGUUAUGUAUAGUUGAUCAAAUUAUCAUAAAUAUUGUGUGA